AUGAGUACUCGUGCGUUAAGAAAGUUAGAAAGAUUACAGGACUCUGGAAGCUCACAAACUAGCGAUUUUGAGACUGAAAGUGAACGCGAGCCUUCUUCAUCCAAGAAGGCAAAUGUAUUCGCCCUUUUAGGUGGCGAAAGCGGCUCUGAAGACGAGACAGAAGAGAAAGAAAGCGGAAACGUUGUCGCCCAGGAAGACGAUCAAUAUGUUAAUGAUGGCAAAAGGGAGGAGGGAAUUUCCAAGGUGAAGCUGAAAAAAAGCAAGAAAAGUAAAAAGAACAAGAAGAGAGCCGUUGAGGAUGAAGACGAAGACUUGAACAAGUAUUUGGAAGAAGUUAGAAAGAGAGACCUAGAACAAUUAAAAAGCUCAAGUUCCGUCGCUUCAACUGUUAUUGAGUCAGAAACCAUAUAUGACGAUGCUGAUACACCUGUCUUGUAUUCUGAUUCGAAUUACUUGUACUUCACUACUUCAAGAUUAAAGAAAAGUUUGCCAUUACUCUCGCUUAGUUCCGCUAAGGAUUUAGAUCCUGACACGGAACUCCAAAACUUAUUUGGAAACCUUUCCAUUGAAACAAUAGAGGAUGCCAAUAGUACUACAUCUUUGGCCACUUCCCCAGAAGUUUUAGCCCAAUUCAAAAAGUUGGCCCGUCUUACCAGAGGUUGGGGUGGUAAGGACCAUAAAAGUGUACCUGGAACAAAGCGAAAGUUGUUGCUAACAAGAAUAAAAGAUGACUGGAUACCCGUCGCCCAGAAGCCAUUAUCAAUGACCGAAUUAUCAGAACGUGAGGUAGUUGACACGAUGUACUAUAAGGAGGAAAACGAGGAGUUCGAUGCUCUCACUCAGAAGGUUGCACACGAAAAGAAUAUAGGAGUGCGCUAUUUCAAGUUCAACAAAAUCAAUUCGGUUACAGAACGUAUGGCAAACUCCAAGUUUUAUGCCUCUGUGGUAAUGACGCCAGACCCUGAAUCGUUGAUGCAACUUUUACAGCAACAUCCUUACCAUGUUGAGACACUUUUGCAGGUUGCAAUGGUUAUGUUGAGACAGGGCAACAACAAGGCUACCAGUUUCGCUUUAGUUGAAAAAUGCCUCUUUGUUUUCGACAGAAGCUUUGAUAAAACGUUCCAUGAAAUGCUUUGUGAAGGGCGAACUGGACUUUUACGACUUCCAUACGAGAGCUUCAUGAACAGACAGUUUUAUCUCUGUUUGUUCCGCAUGAUUUCUGCUUUAGGAGAAAGAAACACUUUCUACACUGCCUUGAAUUACUGUAAAUUCAUGUUAUCUUUGUCUCCGGCAGAAGAUCCUUUGGGGGUCCGUUUUUUUAUCGACCAUUAUGCUAUUUUAAGCGAGGAAUAUCAAUAUUUAAUUGACUUGGUCGACUCACCUCUCACAAGCACAUAUUCUCAAUGGUUUACUCCCGGGCUAGCCUUCUCCAAAGUUCUUGCCCUUCUUUACUUGGGACAAACGGACAAAGCUCGUGCCGCACUCAAGGAUGCCUUUUCUGCUCACAACUAUUGCUCUCUACAACUCCUUGCUGUUGUUGGACUAGCAACAAAACCUCCAGUGAAAGUCAGUGAAGUGCAUAAAGAUGACUCGAUCAUUUUGGCUAGUGAAACUUAUCUUGUACGAGCUAGUAUUCUCUGGAAAGAACAGAACCAUAGACAAUUCCUUCAUGAUGAGCUCAUGAAGCUAUUUAAAACACAGAGCGAGGGAUCAAAGUCUUCUUGGCUAGGUAAAUGGUUUAAUACGAAAGAAUCGACCGAUAUUCCAAUAAAUCUAAUCAGGUUCGCCAUCUUGUCUGGAGAGAAUAAAGUUCUUGCGAAAAUCCCAGAGAAGAUUUUCUCCAGAAGUGAUAUCUUGGAAUACGAUGUUAUUCCUCCCCGUGAUGAAGCUGCCAAUUAUGAUGUUUUCACAGGCGUCCAGGAAAGCGGAAAAGUCACAGAUUCGCUUUUCGACUACCUUGAUCACAACAUAAUCAGUGCAAUUGUUCAAAACCGAAGUGCUGCCGAGUUUGAAGACUUUAUUACAGAUGCCGAUAAUAUGCCCCAUGAUGACGACGUACCCAAUGAGUAA